ACAUCACAAGAAGAAGAAGGGAAACGUUGACGUCACGGGUUCAACAUGGCGCGGGAAACCCGGGAAGAGAUGGAGAUGGAGAUGGAGGUCCGCGGGGAAGUCGAUGAAGAGGUGGACAGUCCCUCUCCGUCGGCUUUAAAACUGUACGAAACACAGUUUUUCGGCUUCACCCCGCAAACCUGUAUGUUACGGGUCUACAGCGCCUUCCAGGACUGCCUGUACGACAUUUUACCCGUCGUGGAGAAGGUGUGUGUGAGGCAGCUAAGUAAAGGCGGGUCGGACGCGGCCGAGGAGCUGCUCCGGUCCCGGGCCAGGGAGUGCAGCCGAAAGCUGCAGCAGUUCCUCGAAGAGCAGUUCAAACAGCUCUCGAAGCGGAUGGAGGCGCUGCUGGUCAAACGCUGCUUCUCCGUGCCGCAUAAUAUCCUGCUGCCCGAGGACCAGUCACACAAGAACUGCCCCCAAGACGUACAGGAGGUGCUGAGGCUGGAGUCGUCCCUUGCUGACCUCCAGAGAUCCUACGAAGCAGAAGUCUGUGCCAGACAGGCCCUGCAAGCUGAGCUGGAGGAGCAGAGGGAGGUGCAGAAGCAGCUGGGUGGGAUCCUGGCAUGGGUCAGAGAGCUCCAGGCGGCCUGGGUGAAGGAAGGCAACGGCAGCUUCCAUGAAAGUUUCCGGCUGGUGAUGGAGUCCGUAAAGAAACUGCAGGAGGCUGCCGGGGAGGUCUGCAAUAAGGCGCCUCAUUGAGCUGAACUCUUGAAUUUUUGUAAACAGACAUUUCUCCAAAACCUUUGUCUGUUUUUUACUCAAUCUAGAAAGAUAAGAAAAUUUAGAAGACAUCUGUAGCAGCAAAGUGGACAUUAAGCAAAUUCACCCACUGACUAUUCAGAAGUUUGUCAGUCCAGUCCAGUCAUCUUAUAAUGUAAAUAUUGUAACACAGUACACAUUACUGUUCCUCACGCAAAGCUGGACAGUGAUUUUUGGCCGCUGUUUGUCAUGAAGACAGUGAUAUUGUUCAUUCCCUGUGAAAAGAAACUAAACUAAAACAUGUGCUUUGAUGGCUUUAUGAAUCUAUAACAUAAAUUAAUCUCAAUAAAGCUUAGUUACCUUUGAAACGACACAACAGCAACAUCAGCUACCAUCAGAGAAGAUUACCUCUCCACAAUGUAAAUGUAAAUAAUAAAGCAGAUGGAUGUAUUACGGUGUCAGUUCAA